UGAUAUAGAAAAAGAUAUAGUCUGGGAAUGUCAAAGAAAAGGAAUAACAUCGUAUGCAUUGAUAGCAAGGUCGAUUCCUGGAAGAACACCACUACAAAUUAAAAAUUAUAUUUAUCGAGAAAAAGCUAAAGAGAUAGCAAGAAUUAAAGCAAAAAUGGCAUUACCAAAUAUUU